AUGAUUAUUUUGAUAAACAAAGUUAUGUACCCUAAGAAGUUACUCACUCUUUAAGAUUAAAAAUUCGAUGAAAAAGUUACAAAAAUUUAACUAAACUAACAUCAUUAAGAAAGUAAUAUCAAUAAUAGUAAUGUGAAAAAACAAAAAAAGAAAUUGACUAAUUAAAUUUAUUUUAAGAGAAAAUAAAUAUAAGUGAUAAAGUUUAUGAAGUAGUUCAUAAUGAUGUUUAAGUAUAUUAUAAUAAUAUAAUAAAGUAAUUAGAUAAUGAUUCAAAAAAAUUUGAAGCAAACUCAAAAUCAAGUACGGCACCUGAUCAUAUACUUGAUUAAAAUUAUUAAUUUGAGUUUGCAAUUAUUUUUGUUAAGUUUAAAUUUCUGA